GCUCCGCUUCCUGUGGGCUCCUGGCCUGCCCACCCUGUGAAGGGCAGACACCAGUCCCCAGCUGUGAAACUCUGUGUGUCAGGCACUGUGGUCUCAUCCGUCCACAGUCUCACCUGGAGGUAGGAGACGCCAUGACGGCCACACUCACGGCCCUGCUCUGUAUUGGGCUGAGUCUGAGACCCAGGACCCAAGUACAGGCAGGGACCCUGCCCAAACCCGAGCUCUGGGCUGAGCCGGGAUCUGUGAUACCGCGGGGAGAACCUGUGACCCUCUGCUGUGAGGGGACCCUGGAGGCCCAGGAAUAUGUUCUGUACCAAGAGGGGAGCAUAGCACCCUGGACAAGACAAACAUCACUGAAACCGAAGAGCAGGGCCGUGUUCUCCAUCCCAUCCAUGGCAGAGCGCCAUGCGGGGCACCAUCGCUGCUUCUACCGAACCCCUUCUGGCUGGUCACAGCCCAGCGAGCCCCUGGAGCUGGUGGUGAAAGGAGUCUACAGCAAACCCAGCCUCUCAGCCCUGCCCAGCCCCGUGGUGGAUUCAGGAGGGAGCGUCACCCUCAAGUGUAGCUCAAGGCAACAAUUUGACAGGUUUAUUCUGACUAAGAAAGGAACAGACAAGCUCUCCUGGAGCCUGGCCUCAGAGCGAGACCCCAGUGGGCAGGCCCAGGCUCUGUUACAUGUGGGUCCCGUGACCCCCAACAACGAAUGGACGUUCAGAUGCUACGGCUGUUACCAGAGCCAACCCCAAGUGUGGUCGGAGCCCAGUGACCCCCUGGAGCUCCUGCUCUUAGGGAUCCAACCAAAACCCCAGCUCCGGGCUCAGCCAGGCUCUGUGGUACCAGAGGGGAGUCCUGUGACCCUGUGGUGUGAGGGGACCCUGGAGGCCCAGCGAUACCAUCUGUACAGAGAGGGCAGCCCGGCAUUCUCAGUCACACAGACCUCACCCGAGCCCCGGAACAAGGCCAGGUUCUCCAUCCCAUCCAUGACAGAAGAUGAUGCAGGGCGCUAUCGCUGUUACUAUCACACCUCUGCUGGCUGGUCACAGCACAGUGAUACCCAGGAGCUGGUGGUGACAGGAGUCUAUAGCAAACCCAGCCUCGCAGCCCUGCCCAGCCCUGAGGUGACCUCAGGAGGGAACGUCACCCUCCAGUGUCGCUCACAGAAGGGAUUUGACAGGUUCGUUCUGACUAAGGAAGGAGGAGACAAGCUCUCCUGGAUGCUGGACUCACGGAGAGGCCCCAGUGGGCAGAUGCAGGCCCUGUUCCGUGUGGGCCCUGUGACCCCCAGGCAGAGGUGGACGUUCAGGUGCUACGGCUAUGACAGGAGGAAACCCCUGAUAUGGUCAGAGCCCAGUGACGUCCUGGAGCUCCUGGUCUCAGGAGAAGUUGAGACCAUUACCCCAUCCCAGAACGAUUCAGACCUGUCCACAGCCCCACAGCCUCAGGACUGCGCAGUGGAGAAUCUCAUCCGCAUGGGCCUGGCUGGCCUGGUCCUGGUGGCCCUGGGGAUUCUGCUCUUCCAGGCUCAGCACAGUCUGAGAAGGACUCAAGAUGCAGCCGGGAGAUGAACAGAAGAACUAGCAACCAGAGC